GUGGUUCUUAAACUAACAGAGUUCGCUAAAAGGGAACGUUUUGGAAUUCUUAUUUUUUCAAAGAAUAUAAUGUGUUUUUGUUGAUUAUUAUUAUUUUUUUUUUUUUUAUUGUUCAUUUGUCAACUUUGUGCUGUUCAUUAUUUCACCUAUAAAUAACUCCACACGCCUUAGUUCUUCAUCAUCGUCCAUUAUAAUAAUUUCAUUGCUAUUCUUAAUUUAAUGGCUGGUCAGCUCCCACGUCCAUGGUUUCGUUUGGGUUCGUUGACUCGACCAACAACCGCCGCAACUACCGGUCCAGGGACGGACCAACCUCGCCCAAUUCCAGCCCGGAUUCGACCGCCCGUAAUCCGGACCGCUUCCUUUACUGAACCGGCGGAACCCACUACCCCACAGCAAUCAAAAUCGCCACCGCAAACCCCGAUGAAAAAGGCAGCAUCGCCGCCUCAGUUGCCUCUCCCUGGCUCACUAACCCCUCCGGUGAAAAAGGCCGCAUCGCCACCGGCUGCAGCGGUGACGAGACCUGCUCUUCCGUCGCCGGCGAAACAUAUUAGUCCGACGAAGAAUGAGUUGGUUAAUAAAGACAGUAGCAAACAGGCAAGUCCGGUUUCAUCUCCUUUAGUUCCGAAGUCCAUUCCGGCAGUUCCGACGCCAUAUCAGUCUCCGAAGCCGAAAGCUGCGGCGUCUCCGCCGUCACCACUGACUUUACCGCCGCCACAGUUGCAGUCAAUUGAUGAGCCUAAACAUGAGAGUAUUCCUCAAGAGGUAGAACGGAAGACCGUUGUUUUCCAAAAGGCGAUGGACAAGGCAUCACAAGGUGAGCAUGAUAUCACAAGCUACCAUACUCACGGCGCUGAAUUUGGCCAAAAUGGGAAGCAAGAACCGAAAAAAAGCGAUGAGGAUGAAAGCAAAGACAAAGCAAUUGGAGCUAAAAAAGCAUUAUUAGAGUCAUCCAAUGAUAAAGACACAAACACAAACACGAGAGUUCUAACAAUGGCAGGAAAAAACAAUGGAGCUUCCAUGGAAAUAUUCCUCUCAGACAAAAACAAAAACAAAAACGAAGACACGACCAACAACAAUCUUAAAGACAACAAAAGUACAAAGAAAACAUUGAGGACUCGCAAUGGAGUGCCUAUGAAAGCCUUUUUUAACAGCAAUGUUCAAGGGAUAAACAAUUCCAUUCUGAUGGACUCCAAAUUCACCCACCAUGACCCUGGGAUUCACCUUCUGUUUUCCCCCAUGCCGCCGCCGCCAUCUGCCGAUGGUGAAGAUGACAAGGGACACCAAUGAAGCUGUUUGCUUUCCUCUGAUUUGUGCCUUCCAAUUAAUCAUGUGUUUUUUUUUUUCCUUCUAAUUUUAUCUUUCUGUUGUUGCUUUGAGAGAAUAACAUAUGGGAGUUAACUGAGUGUAUUAUAAAUAAGCCUAGUGACUGAGAUUUAUGGUAUCUUAACGCUUAAUUUAGUUCUUAUAAUAAAAUGGGCUGAUAGGUAUCUAUUCACUCUA